AUGUCAUCCGUGAAUAUUCCAAUAAAUUCUUAUGUUUUACCACCACUUAUUACAUCUAAUAAUAUCAAUAAUAUUGAAACUUCUUCAAUUGAUUCAACUAAUUCCGAAGUCCAAUUAUCAGAAAAUCAAAUCCAAGAAUAUCAAGAAAUUCUUAACCUUUUAGCUGAUGAAAAUGUUAUAGCCUAUGGCUACAUUUUGAAGGAGACGAUUCGUUUGACAGAAGAUUUGGUCGGUCGUCAUAUUACGAAUGAAAUUGUGACGGAUUUCGUUUCUAAAGCCGCCAUUCACCUUGCAAAUCGACAAUGGGUUCAUUAUGGAAAUUCGACUGCUCGACUCGAACUUCACCUUCGUGCCAUGUCUUCAGUAUUACACAUAUUCUCACAAUUGGUUGCGGAUGAAUCCGGUGCAGCGAUUGAAGCAAACAUCCGAGAAUCCCUUUAUAAAUCCGUCUCAAAAUUUUGGUCCACUUAUCGAAUUUCAAAGGUUAUAAACGCAAAUAUCACGUUCUCCCUCCGUGAAAUACGAACGUGUUUAAGAAAGAUUAAGGAUGACCAAUCAAGCGUUAAUAAUUUCCUUGGCACGACUAGUAAUAUAUUUGAUGUCAUUCUUAAUGUCAUAAAUAAAGAAUAUUGGGCUGCUUUUGGUUCCUUUGUUAAAGUUUUGAAUUUUGAAUAUGCCGCCGGAGAGUGGUAUUAUAAUUGGCAAAUGACACGCGCUGACUUUUUCAAAAUACGUCGGGAAUAUUUGGAAUGUGAUCUUGAAUCAGAAAAAUCAGAAAGGAUCACUCUAUAUUAUAAACAUUUAUAUGGGUUAUCAACUGAAGAAUUUAAAACGGUAAAAAGGAAAAAUACAAAAUUUCGAAAUUUUGAAUAUAAAAUGCUUAAAUCCGGAGGGAGUAUGACGGGGUGCUCGUUACCUGAUCAUGUUGAUACCCUUUUGAUCGGGUAUUUGGAUUUGAUUCAACGAAUGCUCACAGAGUUCUUUCUUCAUAUGAAGAUUCAUAUUCAAGAAAUUAUUGGAUUUUGUAAUGAAAUAUAUGAAUCUGACGUUAAAAAACAAUUGACCUUUAAGGCCGUAGAAGUUUUAUAUGUUACAAGGAAAAUCAGUAAAGAGGAAGGAGUCAAGAAUACGAUUAAAGUGGAUUUCAAACAUUUCAAAUCUCGACGUUCCACCCUUGACUCUCUUAAUUCUAAUUCUACGAAAUCUCCACGUUCUUUAUCAUCCAUUUCUUUGUUUUCUCUUUCAUUACGUAAACCUCAUAACAUCCCUUUCUCAUUUACGAAAACCUCUUCGAAUCCCACAACAUUAUCUUCUUAUUCUGAUUUUAAUCGAGAAUCUAUUCUACAAAUCACACCUCCCGCCACUCCAGAUUCAGAACACACAUCAUUCUCAUCUCAUGAUGAACGAAAACCAAAAAGUAGAUUUAAUAGUGUUCGCAAUACUAUCAUUUUAAAUGCAAAAUUUCGUGAAAUUUCGACUAGAGUAUCAACGAAUUUCCAACAAAUUCGUAGACGACAAACAGUUAGUUUACGUAACCGUAUCGUUGAUAACGUAACUAAAUUAAUGAAAGAAAGAAUUACUAUUAUCAAGGCGGUUCAAGAAAUUAAAGAGAUUAACAAAAAGAUUAAAGAAAAGCAUGAACAUAAUAAAUCAUUACAAGGUGAUACAUUUGAUAAAGAUGAGCUUUUAAAUGAGUUUAAAAGAAUCCUUGAAGAACGAGAGAAAGAUUCAAAUUUGAAUAUUUUACAAAAGUCUUCAAAGGCCGGAAGAAGUAGUAAUUCUAGUCGGGAAUCCUUAAUAAGUGUGAAAACAAGAUAUCCUACAGUGAUAACUGAGAUUCCUAAAUACAUUACAAUUCACAAUACAUAUUAUGUUAAUAAUGACAACAGGACAAAUAUUGAAGAUAAUAGAAUUUUUAAGACCCCUCAACUACAAGAUAAAUCCGAAAAAAGGAUUGAAAACGAUAAAAAUAAUAACAAGGUGGAUACCUCUUGUCUACAAAACCUACAAAACGAUAACAUAUCACCCGAAGAAAAGAAGGAAAUUGAGAAAGAUGAGAAUUCAAGUAUAAAAAUAAUCAAUGAUGAAGUCGACAACGAUCUACCAGAAGUUGAAGAAGUACUUAGAUAUCAGAAUGAUUUAGAUAAUGAGAUCACUUUAACUUCAUCUAAUCAUAUCGCAAACGAAGAAAACGAACCUGUUGAAAUAAUAAAUCGAAUCAUUAAUUAUCAACGAUAUGAUGAAGAGAAUCAUCACAUUACAUUAAAUGAAGGCGUUGAAUGUUGUUAUAUGCAACAUAUGGAUGGAGCCGAACUCGAAGAAAUCUUAAGUCAUCAAAAAUAUCUGGAAGAUGAUCAUAUUUUAUACAAUGAACAAUUAUCGGAUAAUGCGGUUGUGAAUGGAGAUGUACAGGAUUUAAUAUUGCCAACUGAAACUCUUAAAGAUAAUGAAACAUUGAAAGAAGAUUUAUAUCUAGAUAAUUUUGAAUUUCCGAUUACAGAUCUACCAAUAAUAAUUACAACAUCUGAGGAACAAAUAAUUAAUGAUCCAUGUUAUGAUCAAUCACCACCUCCUUAUGAAGAACUAUCAUCAUCAAAGUCAAAAAUAGUUAACUUUGAUGAGUUCAAGAAAUUUUUAUUAAAUCAUAAACAAGUAGAAUCAUCAAAUCCGUUAUGGAAUAUGGAUAAUCUUAAAGAGUUUGAAGAUAUGUAUUCAAAAACAUUUGAUGAUUCUAAUGUACAAGUCCAAUAUCUUAACUUUGUUAAUCAUGUACAAUAUGAUCAAAUUAAAAGUCAUGGCAUAUCUUAUGAUCCACCUCCUCCUUAUGAAGAACUAUCAUCCUCAAAGUCAAAAUUCGUGAACUUUGAAGUGUUCAAGACAUUUUUAUUAAAUCAUCAUCAAGUCGAUCAAUCUAACCCAUUAUGGAAUAUAGACAAUGUUAAAGAUUUCGAAGAGAUGUAUUCAAAAACAUUUAAUAAUUCCAAUACGAAAGAUCAAUAUAUUACAUUUAUCAAUAAUGUACAACAAAAUAUAGUAAUUAAUAUCAUUAAGCAACAAAACCCUACCGAAAAUGAAUCUUCAUUUUUUAAAAUGUUUAAAAAUAUUAUUUUGGAGGUUGAAAAUCUUAUGGUAAACUUCUCAGAAGGUCAUAAAGCCGCGAAAAGAAAAUCUUUGACCAAUUUAAAUGAACAAAAUUUACAAAAUUAA